AUGUCCUUCCUCAAAUUCAAUCAAAACAAGACAUUCAAACCAAAACGCAACAUUCCAGAGGGAACAAAACAAUACGCCCUGAAAAAAUAUGCGGAGGCUACUCUUGGUGCCGGCAAUCUACGUCUCGCCGUCUCCCUGCCCGAUGGAGAAGACACCAUGGAAUGGCUCGCGGUCAACACGGUCGAUUUCUUCAACCAGAUAAAUCUCUUGUAUGGCACAAUCACUGAAUUCUGCACUCCACAAGAAUGUCCCAUUAUGAGCGCCGGGCCGAAAUAUGAGUAUCAUUGGGCUGAUGGCGUGCAGUUCAAGAAACCUGUGAAGGUAUCUGCACCAGAAUACGUUGACUACUUGAUGACCUGGGUCCAACAACAACUAGAUGACGAAUCAGUCUUCCCUUCCAAGAUUGGUGUGCCAUUUCCCAAGACAUUCCUCAACACUGUAAAAACAAUCUUCAAACGUCUCUUCCGUGUAUAUGCACACAUAUACCACGUCCACUUCCCCCGUAUCGUGUCGCUUGGAGAAGAAGCGCACUUGAACACAUCCUUCAAGCAUUUCAUCUUCUUUGUACAAGAGUUUGAGCUUAUUGAGAAGAAGGAAUUGGCCCCACUUCAAGAAUUGAUCGAAACUCUGACAAAUGAAGCUGCUGCAAAGGAAUCGCCUGCACGAGGCACCACGUUACCUGUUGGAGGAGCUGUCUCAACGCCUGCUCAAUAA